AAUAAAAGAAAAAAAAUAUUUCUUGUUUAAAAUGUUUUUUAUAGUACUAAACAUUAUAAAGUUUUUAUUGUUAUAAUUUAUUCUCUUUAAACAUAGUAAAUAAUAGUUGAUAACGUAAGUUUUCGACAAGUGCAGCGUAUGUACCAAGAUAUUACCAUAUCGUCUAAAUAUUUAAUAAUUAGGUGUAUUUGCUAAUAUUAAUAAUAAUGUUUACUAAAAAUAAUGAAUAACGAUACCUGUAAUAACUACUAAUGCAUAACGUACAUAUUCUUGCUCAACAAAAAAUGUACACACAUAAUUAUUUGUUCAAGAAAAAAAACUGUUUUUAAUUUAUGAACAAAAUAUUAGUUGGCAAACGAUGCAAAAUAAUAUAAAUAUUUAAAUUAUUACAACAUAAAGAUUCUUAAAAAUAUUUUAAUAAUAACCCAACAUCUAUCCACUUGCAAAAAAUAUAAUUUUAUUUCUGUAAUUAUCUUAAUUUGUUCUUAUCAUUGACCACUUAUAUUUCUUUGCUUCUAUUUCCACAGACAAACCUUAAUUAACAACGUUAUUAAUUAAUUUAGUUAAUUAAUUUUAAUGUACUUUUUUAAUUAAUUAAUGUACUUAAUUUACUAUAAUCGCGUUAAUCCUAUAAAAAGCACGCAAUCUAAUGUUACACAAGUCAAAUUCUUCAUUCUGUGUGCAGCACCAGAGAAAAAAUUCACGGCGUACACGAUCGUUAAAGUGUUUUGCUUUAAGAAGAAAUCUACUAUUUUUUUCUAGAAAAUAUUUUAUAUGCACGGAUCUAUAAUACGUAAUCUGCGAAACGUGUCGAUUAGAAGAUAAGAAACGAAAAUGGAGGCAGAGAUCCAUGUACAAGUAAAGAACAACUCACCGUCGAUAGAAGUGAAAAUGGAAGCAGAGAUUCAUGCAGAAGUGAAAGAUUCGCCGUCAAUAGAACGCAUCUUACGUCCAAUAUCAUACAUCUCCUGGCUCAUGGGAGUUGGUGUUGCACAUCCGCGAAAGUGUCCCAAGGCUAUAACGAUAAUCAUACGUAUAAUUUACAUGACUGUAUGUUCCAUUGGAAUGAUAUAUGAGGCAAAAUCAUUACUUUCUUUCAUUGAUCACUUUAAGAUGGUCCAUUACUUAAUAUGCUUAAAUGAAGUAAUGGCUUACGUAUUAGCCUAUUAUUACAUUUGUCACGGAAUCAGACAGUACAACAAGUGGCCGGAGCUGAUGGACAGAUUGAAAGAACUCGAUCAGAAAAUCAAGAAGGAAAUAUCCAUGAAUGACAAGUCUAUAAAAAUUGUCGCGGCACUAGCAGUUUUCGCGACUAUUUCCUGUUUGAUCAUUCCCAUUGUGUUUUAUUACAUUCAUUAUCAUUUCUUUACACCGGCAGAAUUCAUGUUUUUCAUAGUGCUUCCAAAUGUGAUAUUAGCUCAGUCGUUAAUUAACAGCUUUGUCUUCGAUGUUGUUGUCUAUGUGUUAUACUGCAGAUUUCAAACGAUAAAUAAAUUAAUCGGCCAGUUGGAUAAGUUAUCCGAUGUGCUCGCAUUCAAGAUUAGACACAUUAGGGAAUUGCAUGCCGAUAUUUGUGAAAUGGCCAGCAUAAUAAACAAUAUUUACAGUCUUCCUCUCCUCUUCUGCUUGAUGAAUUGUUUUAUCACGUCUGUGACUGUAUUAUUCGAACUUUACCACGAUUUCAACGAAAAGAUAACAGAUUACGUGUAUGUAAUACUACAGAAUUUCUGUUGUAUUGUGUGUGUCACGCAAUUCUAUUUGAUUUGCUGGAUUUGCACGCUCGUGCGUCAAGAAUUCGAUAGGACUGGGAGAAUCAUAUAUGAAAUUAUAUUGAAAUGCAAACCUAUAAAUUUUGAUAAGCACGAGGCGACUAAUCUAUCGAGUCUAGAAGUGCAACCUCCACUGAAAGAUCAGGACGGUGAGCAAAGUUUCAAUCGGAGCAGCAGUCACAAUCUGAGUUAUGUCGACAUAGAAAGUCUUUUACGUAGAAAUCUGGAUCAAGAUUGCGUCACAAAAGAAAUCAACGAUUUCUCGAUUCAACUGCAACAGCAUCGAGUAACAUUUACAGCCUAUGAUUUUUUCGAAAUAAACAACUCUUUAUUCAGAGGUUUUGUUGGGAUGAUCAUCACUUAUUUAAUAAUCUUCAUUCAAUUCUAUCAACGACCCGAAAAUCUAGAUAAAAACGUAGUAGAACGUUUAUCGAAAAUAUUUUAAGAUUUAGAAGCGCCAAAUCGCAGAAACA